CGGAUACAGCUGCUCGCACAUAUCGUGUAAGCUUUCAUCCCAGCCGAUCGGAACGAGCCCGCUCUGAAAUUCUUGCAAGUGCGCGCUCUGGCAGGCCAGACUGUGUCGCUAAUACAUCGCACUGUAAGUUAUAGCUGCGCGCAUUCUCGAGGAAGCCAAGAAAGCGCAGUUACCGGCUUCGUUCAUACGCUGCACUCGCUCUCGCGGCCUGGACAGAAGAUCACGUAUACAGGAAGCUGCGAAUAAUCGAUCAUGCUAGUUGGUUCGAGCUAAAUCGCGCUGUAGCGCAAACGCACCGGGUGCGUCACACUUUCCAUGGCAUAUGUAUAUAGCUGGGCUAAAGACAUAUUAUUUAUCAUCUGUAAGCUACAUGCCCAUUCGAUUACCUUGACCGUCCAGGACUAGGGCUCGACUGACGAUGGUCCAGCUCUUGCACAUUUCCCUCUUUGAAAUUACGUGCCGGCGACGUGAGCAUGGAGAAAUGGUUCCAAGGUGGGCCCUGCUGGACGUGCAGUUUGCCUCCGCUAUCAGCGGGGCACUUGCGUUCGCCGGCUGGCUGAUUUGGGUGGUAUCGGCGGAGGUGGCCCGGCGGCGCACACACGACACCGUGUCGGUGUUUGGCGUCGAGCUCCGACACGACCCCUGGCCGCUGUGGGCUCAUGUGCCCGCCAGCGUGCUGCUGUUGCCGCUGCUGGCCCUGCUGCUGCGCUCGGCGGGCUGGCGCGCGCGCAUACAGCAGCGCGUGUCGGCGGGAGGCGUGCCCUUCCUGCCUGACCAGCCGCCGGGGGCGGGCACCGGCGACCCCAGCCCACGCGCCUACUUCACCACCACUGCCAGCAGCGCGGCGGCGGGCUGGGCCCUUCACGCACUGCUGGUGGCGGCGCUCGUGACCACAGGCGUGUGGGCGGCGGCGCUGGGUGGCGUGCAUGCGGCAGCCAAGGUGGUCCAGCAACCGUGGCAGGCGUCGUCUCUGGCGAGCGUGCACGCGUGGGCGCAAGCAGAGCAGGGUGGGGCUGCAGCCGCCGCGGAGGGAACGUCAGCAGCGGCGGCGGGCGCUGAUGAGGGGGCUGUGGCGGCGGCGGCCGUGGACAAGGGCUCGGGCUGGGGACCCGAUUGGCCCGGCGGCGCCUGUCCCCCCUCGUGCGUUGAUCUCUCCGUGUUCAAGGCCUACCUCGGCGAUGACACGUGCUGCUGCAACGCGAUUGGCGGCGUGUUUGCUGCCGAGCCGCACGCCGCCGCCGCGCUGCAGGCGCUCAUCCCCGCGCUGGUGGGCCUGGCCCUGCUGUGGGCGGCCCUGUCGUGGCUGCUGCUGGCCGCCGCCGCGCAGUUCGCACACAGCGAGAGCGAGCUGCUCACAAUCACGCCCGCCGCCGCCGCUGCCGCGUCCGCCGCCGGCGAGCCCGGCAACCUGCCGCCGGUGCAAGUUGUGGCAAACUGGUUGGAGCGGCACGUGUUUAGAAAAGCAGCGGCGACAGGGCGUGGUGGCCGGCGUGGCGGCGGCGCGUCAACUGACCCGUUGUUGGGCAACGCUUGAAAGGUUUGCUGAGAGCUGCAUGGUUGCAGUGACCGUUACUUGAUAAUUGCAGAUUUAGCAUGGAUUGGUUGCAUUGGUGUUGCUGCAUGCGGUUUGCAACCUCGCGUGAGCUAGACGGCGGGUGGCGGGGUAGGGAGCCGGGAUGGGUCAAGUGCACACUUCCCGCCAUGAAAUUAUACAACAUCAUGAAUCUUCAUAGUAACAAUUUGUAACGAAGACAACUC